AAAACAGACAUUUUAGAAUUGAGUUCAUGGGCUUUCUUGGACAGCACUUUGGCCUCCAAGGCAAAGGCACGCUCCGCGUAAGCGUCGACAAGCCGCAUUACAUUUCGGGCGAACUCAUCACGGGCUCUCUCCAAGUCGACGUGCUCGAGCCCAUCGACUGCAACGAGAUUAUCGUCAUUGUCAAAGGCAAGGAAAAGGUGUCGUGGACCGAGCACGAGAGCAGGACUGACGACCACGGCCAUGAAAAGGCUGUCGAACUGAAAUUGAGCGAACGCCACAAAAUUUUCAAUCAAAAGCUCGUGUUGUUCAACGUCGAACACCACAUUUCGCCAGGCCAGUAUGUCUACCCGUUCCAGUACCAACUGCCCAAGGGUCUGCCGGGAUGCUACGACAACGAGGGGGAGAGCGCCAUCAAGGCCAAGAUCGAGUACUCCAUCAAGGGUGCGCUGGACAUCGAUGGCACCUUCACACGGGACCUCAAGGCCCGCAAAAAACUGACUGUAUACGCCCAGCUCGCUGGCGCUGUCGCACCGAGUGUGGCCGAGCGCGCGGAGAUGGUGCGCUUCUGCUGUUGCCUUCGCCAAGGCUCGUGCUCGCUUCGGGUGGCGAUGGACAAGAACAUGUACGGCCCUGGUGAGAUCCCCAUGAUCCAACGCGACAUUCUAAACCAGUCGUCACAGAACGUGACGAGCAUGCGCUGUGAGCUGGUUCGAACGGUGGCAGUCCGCGCCGACGGUCAAUCGCGCACGUUGACCAAGGUCAUUUGCGGUGCGAUAUUCCCUGGUGUCCCUGCGGGGCAGCAGCUCUCGGAACUGCAGCCGUUCCGGCUCCCAGACCACGGCUUGUACCCGAGCACGCGCAGCCAACUCAUUUCAUGCAGCUACUGCAUCGAGGUGACGUGUGAUAUUCCAUGGUGCCCCGACGUCGACCUGUUUUUGCCCAUUGCCCUUGGCGCCCCAAUGCUGGUCCCGGUUCUGUCGGAUCCAGCCUAAGCCUUGCUAAGCGUCGAUAGAUUUGUGCUGGCAAAUGCGGAUGAUACGAGACGAUUGGGGACCAUGGGUUUGGCAAUCCUGCCGCGAUUGCACUGAUUUGACAGUCCUG